CGUUCACACUGGAUAUUCUCGAGACUUUUUAUAACAUCACCUUAUUGGCUGUUGAGACACAAAAUAAUCCUUGAUAAGGCUGGAUUUAUAUUGCGGAGUUCAUGUUGAUGCUUGGUACUCUUUUGUCAUACCAACCCUUGGAGAGAGAGAGAGAAAAAAAAACAUUUUACGACAGAGCUUCUACAUUCCUUUCACAUCCAAGCUGUCCGGUACUGUUGACUUGAAUUUACAAUUGAGAAGCUAUAAUGUUCGGGUUAGAGGAUGAUGAUGUCUCUGGGCGCGAAAAAUGCUACACCACUGUGGCCCAGUUGCCUCAGUUCAUUGAUCCCAAACAACCUCCCACCAAGAAAUCCCCAUUCUCCACGAUUCUAAGCCAUCCACUCGUGCAUACGGUCGAAGUCAUCCUGCCCAAGAAGGCCUAUUCAUCCAUUGAGAGCUCAUUGAACUCCAAAUUACAAAAGCUCCGAUAUGCUCGCAUUUCCAUGACUCUCUCCUCCCUGAUAGAUGAAGGCUUCUUCAACACCUACAUAAAAAAAGGAAAUGUUCUUAUGUUAUCUGAGGGUCGAUCAGGGCUGGACAAUGUCUUCUCUCUUGUAGAUGGCGUCCUAAAACUUGAACUGAGUAAGGAGAUUUAUGAGGGGACCGGGCUAACCGGAAAGCCCAUCCGUUAUGGAGGGAAGAAACAUGGAAAGGAGAGAUUCUUGGUCGAACUUAACCUACGGCUACCAUCAAUGUUGCAUGGUAAGAAGGGAUUUCAGAGGAUAGAGUGGGCUUUUAAAAAUGUCCUAAACAAUCCUGUAACAUGGUUAUUUUUCGACCUAGGAACGGAAUCGCUCGGUGUAGCCAAAGAUGAUACGACUUUAAAGGGUAACAACCCUGAAAUAAUCCCCUGCGAGCCAGUCUACACUACUAAAGAAAAUAUUACAACGCCCUCGUUUUCUGAUAUACAAUUCACGAACGAAACGCCCGAAUCAGAGUUGAAGGACCUCUGUGUCGAGGUCUCUGAGUGGUUAGGCAUGGUAUCUCUCCAGUCUCGACGAGUUUCUGCAGAUGACGAUAUAGACCCAUAUCUGUGCCGAUACGAUACACCGGAUAUAGGUGAUGCGAGUGCUUCUGAUCUAAUAACUCUAAAAUGGCACGGGUUUAUUCCCUUAAAAUGGAUAAUACAUCUGUUCACUACCCUUUUCCGUGAAACUGGCCCCCGGGUCUGCAAGACUCCGCCUUGGUUCUCUCUUUCCGCGGGUGCCCUAGGGAGAGGCGCCGUAGAGGGUAGGGAUGGGUAUACGAUAAUGGUGUUGCCUGCGGCUGCUCCAGAGGACAAAGAUGCGAAGGCCCAGGAUGCUCGGCACUUUAUUUGUUGGGAGUAUGUUGGUGCGUCAAUUAUAUAGAAAUGGAAAUGAACUUUUGCCCGGACCCUGCCAUGGGCGCCAGUUCAACCAAGUGCUCUCCAUAACCACAGUAACUCUUACUUUAGCUUAGGGCUUUACUCCUGGAUAUUAGUGAUUUGGUGGCACAAUAUAAUCCCCAGAUGGGGAUUAUUCAAUAUGCCAAUGUCUUGAACCGCUCAAGUUAGAAAGUUG